AUGGCUACGGUGGCGUUGAUGUUAAUUGCAGCCUCACUUUUGAUGGGAUGCAGCACUCAAACAAAAGCCACGGUGGUUCCUGCCCUCCAGGUUAUAAAUUUGAGUGGGAAAGUCUUGUGCCAGGACUGCACCAAGGGCUAUGGGGAAUGGGCUCAAGGUAGCCAACCCAUCAAAGGCUGCAAGGUAUCAGUGACAUGCAUGGAUGACAGAAGCAGAAUCAUGUAUUAUGGAAGUGAUGAAACCGAUGAGCAAGGGCAAUUCAACAUGGUUGUGAACAAAUUCAUCAACGGGAAAGAAUUGCAGGCAAAAUCAUGCUUGGUAAGGCUGGUUUCUUCCCCACAUCCUACUUGCAACAUUCCCAGCAACUUCGCCGGAGGACAGAGAGGAGUAAAGCUCCCAAUUAGACCUACUGUUGUCUAUCGUGAUUUGGUUCAAUAUCAACUUGACACCUUCUUCUACACUACCCCAAGGUGUGACAAACCAGCAGACACCCAUGAUUCCUUUGAAUGCCAUGGAAACAAUAAUUACUAA